AUGAGCAGCAGAUUCUCCUUGAAGGGUCGGACAGCCCUAGUCACUGGAGGUGCCAGAGGAUGUGGACUGGCUUUUGCUGAGGGUCUAGCUGAGGCUGGAGCGGAUGUUGCUACUUUUGAUGUGAUCGAGCCGGUUGCAGGCUGGCACGAGAUAUCGAAAACAUAUGGUGUCAAGACAAAGCACUACAUCGUCGACGUGAGCAGUAUCGAUAGUUUGCAGAAGGGCUUUUCGCAAUUCAAGGCUGACUUCGAUGGGAAACUCGACAUUUGUGUGCCGACAGCAGGGGUCAAUCGCAAUUUGGGCUUCCUCGACACCACCGUGGAGGAGCAUGACAGGCUGAUUGGUGUUAACGUCAAGGGCGUCUAUCACACCGCCCAGCUGGCUGCAAAGCAGAUGAUCGAGAACGGGACCAAGUGCGGUAGCAUCGUCCUGUGCGCAAGCAUCGCCAGCUAUAUGGCUAUCCGUAGUCAGCUGAGCAGUGCAUACUGUGGAACGAAGGGUGCCGUGAGAGCGAUGUGCCCAGCGAUUGCUGCCGAGUUGGUGCCAUAUGGUAUCCGAUGCAACAGCAUAUCUCCAGGAUACGUAAGGACAGAGAUGACUGCACCGUUCCCGCAUUUGCUUGAAAGCUGGAAGGACGAGAUCAUGAAUGGUAGAGUAGCGGAGCCGGAGGAUAUCAGAGGCGGAUGCGUAUUUCUAGCCAGCGAUGCUAGCAAGUACAUGACGGGACAGGAUCUCUGCGUCGACGGUGGCGUGACGAAAUGGUAG